AUGAUUCAACACAACUUUAACCCAUUCAGAAAAAGCAACCGUUAGACAUAUUCAUUAUUUGAUGAAAAAAGCUCUCAUGAAAUAACUGUUGAGGAUGAAAUGGCUAUUUUGAAACAUAUUCCAAAAUAUGUUUGGGAAGAUGAUUACUAUGAAUAAUUGAAGUUAGAGUUGAAAUAUCAUAAAGUGGACAUACAGGUACUAUCUCAUUCUGAAUGGCAAAAUCUUUUAGAGACAGGAAUGUAUGAUUCAAACAAAAAUUUAUUAUUAUCAAUAUUUACUACAAGAUCAUUAACAGUGAAGCAAGUUUUUGACUUUAUAACAAUGUAAUGUCAGAUGACAUGUUAAUUUGAGCAUCUUAAAAAACAAUUGAAAGAAAAAAAUUAUGAAUGCAUCAUCAAAGAUGUACAUAGAACUUUUAAGAGUUCAGAUUAUUUUUAGAAGGAGGAAGUACUCUAAAGACUUUAGGACAUAUUAGUAGCUUAUAGUAAUUUGGACUCAGAAGUUUCAUAUGGUUAGGGAAUGAACUUCAUCGUUGCAGCUCUCAUGUAUUUAGAUUUCAAUAAUGACGAAGCCAUCUUUGAAAUUCUAAGAACCAUAAUUAUGGACAAAGAGUGGAGACAACUUUAUAUCAAUGGGACUCCAGGUCUAUUCUUAUUGAUGGCUAAAUUCAACUUUAAAUUUAAAAAAAGAAUGCCUGCAUUAUAUCAACAUUUUCUAAAACUUGGAAUUGAGGAUAUGAGUAUGUGUGCAAGUGCAUUUUACUUAACUUUAUGUAUGCAACAUGCUCCAAUACAGUUCUCUCUAGUGUUAUUGGCUAUGUUUUUUAUUGAAGGUGAUGACAUAAUAACCAAAAUGAUAUUAUCUAUGAUAAAGUAUUUUGAGAAUUAUUUAUUAAAAUUAAACGACUUUUAACAAAUAAUUGAGUUUAUCAAAAGAGGCCUUUUAAGUAACUUCUAUCGAGAAAUUCAAAAAUGUAGGAAACAACAGAGAUUAGUACAAGUACUAUUAGAUAUUGGAUUAAUUAAAAGGAAAGAAAAAUAACACAAGCAAAAAAUAAAAAAGGGAUUAAUGAAAUAAUUAGUUGAUAGGCCUUUAGCAUUUGGAAAUGAUGUUUAUAGUUAUUUUUUUAGAUGA